CAGGCGGCUCGUCCUCCGACCGCAUCGACGCACCACCCUCCGACCUCCGUCCUCCCGGUGUCUAUUUCCGUCCCCGUCCCCAACCACCCGCGCCCCCCGCUUUCCGUGGGCAUGGCCGCCGCGCGGGCGCAACCACCACCGCCGCGGCCGGAUGCCUAGAAAGCCCCUCCUCCCCACCCGCGGGUCCACCGCCCCUCCCCCGCUCCUCCUCCUCCGCCGCCUCCUCCCCCGCCGCCGCGCGAUCUCCUCUCCCCCGCCGCCGCCCGCCCGGCGGAGGACCGCCGCCAUGCCCCCCCGCGCCGGCGACUCCGCCGCCGCGGCGGCGGCGGCGGCCUCCUUCCGUAUCGGGAUGGUGCGGGUGGUCUCCUUCCUUGUAGGCGGGCUUAAUCUCGCGGUGCUGCUACUCGGGCUCUACCUCAUCGACGUCGUGCUCCCGUCGGGGUGCGGCGAGGGGCUCGCUUUCGCCGCUGCGCCCGCGCUGGCCGGUGUCCGCGUGCUCGCCAUGAUCGGCGCCGCGCGCGCGCAGCACGCCACGGCGGACGCCAUAGCUAAGCGCCACCUCCACGAGUGCGACGCCUCUGUCGCAGCUGAUGCCGUAGCUCGCCACGAGAUUAGGGUGAGGUACAAACGCUGGUUGUGGUGGACCAGAUUUGGUAUGGCAGUUGGUGCAUUGCAGUUGAUUGCAGCAACUUAUCUCAUGUUUGUCAUUGUAAGAGAUCUCUCGAAAGAAAGAAGAUCCACUUCCUGCUUCUUUGGACAGGAUGAAGCUGAUCAGGUCUCAGGACGAGCACUUAUUGCUUUAUUUCUGAUCCUUUCCUGGGUUGUGGUCAUUGUUCAAUGCUUCACGGGUUCUGAUAUAUUGAGGUGGCGAUCAUUUUAUGCAACACAUGAUAUGGCAUGGAAAGCUCAUUACAGGGAAGUGUUCGACCACGGAAUUCGAGAAGCUUUGUGCUGCCUAGGACGUGCAAAAUAUCUAACCGUAUUGGAAGAAGAUGAGGUUUAUUCUGUUGCAAGACUCCUUGGUGAUUUGGUUGCAUAUCGUGCUUCUGGGACAGGACAUUUGGAGCUCUUAGCAGGGCUUGCUCUAUUGCAGAAGCAUGGUAAUUUACCUGAAUCGCAGACUGACCUUAUGGAGGCAUCCCAUGAGCUUAUGCAAGAAGCUGCUUUCCUCCAUCCAUUUGCAGAAGCAUGUUACACGGGACCGCUUCUUGAUGUUGGACGAAAUCCUAUUCUGUUUCCCUGUGCAUGGGUUUAUAGACAAGGUGUGUUAACUCCAUGGGCACGCAGAAGACGCCCUGCACUUGAUGGUGAUAAUUGGUGGCGAGGCCAUGCGGCAGCCUUCCUUAGAUUUGUUAAUAUACCACCUAAAGCACUUCUGAGAGGGCGUGUUUGUCAGAGCAAGCGUGAAGCUGCUUAUUUUGUUGUGGUUCUCCAUGAAAAAAGAACUGUUGUUAUUGGGGUUCGUGGAACAGAGACACCAGAGGAUCUCAUAACUGAUGGAUUAUGCAGAGAAUGCACUUUUACUAUGGAAGAUUUGGAUGGACUAGUAAAUAGUGAACAAUUACCUGCAACUACAAGAGAGAGAGUUAUUUCAACAUUUCCACAUUAUGGGCAUGGUGGAAUUGUAGAGUCUGCGAGGGAGCUUUUUAUGCAACUAAAUGAAUGCACAGGAGAAAACACAUCGUCUGGAAGACUUGGAUUCCUUUCUACACUGAUGGGGGAGGGCAGUGAGUGUCAUGGAUAUAAAGUUCGUCUUGUUGGGCAUUCUUUAGGAGGCGCUGUUGCUACAGUCCUAGGAAUGAUGCUUUUUGGCAAAUACCCAGACGUGCAUGUAUAUGCAUAUGGACCACUUCCUUGUGUGGACUUUGUAAUAGCGGAAGCAUGUUCGCAAUUUGUCACAACCAUUGUUUGCAAUGAUGAAUUUUCCUCUCGCCUUUCAAUCAAUUCGAUCCUUAGGCUACGAUCUGCUGCAAUAAGUGCUCUUUCAGAUAACUCUCCAGCUGAUACAGCAAUGAUACAAAAGCUUGCUCGAAGAAUUUUGCAUGUGAACAGGUAUCAUGAUAAUGGUCCUGAUGAUGGCAUAAUCCAGGGCUACACUGAUCAUACAAGAACAUCAGGUACGGCAGUACCGAAUGAAAGACAAAUUUCUCAUCAGGUUCCAUUAUGCAAUACUGAGCCAGAUCUCCAAAAUAUGCAAAAUGGCUUUGUCGGGUAUAAUGGAUCCAAUGCAUCCAUAGAUGAGCAUCUGAGCUAUGAAGGCAUAAACAGUGGCCAUGAUGUGCAAAUAAUUCCCCUUGAUGGGGCUGAUUCUGGUUUCGAAGAGCACCCGACAUCUUACAGAGAAAUACCAAUGGAGCCUCCUGAGAUGUUUCUUCCAGGCUUAAUUGUUCACAUAGUGCGGCAAAGAAGAAGUCUCUUUCCUCUUUGGAAAUGCUGGAGCAUUCAGGAAACUGAACCACCAUACAAAGCUGUUUUAGCGAAAAGGGAGAACUUCAGGGAUAUAGUGGUUACUCCUUCCAUGUUUACAGAUCACUUACCAUGGAGGUGCCACUUUGCUAUGCAGAAAAUUCUUGAAGCUCAAACGCCUAUGCAUAGGCGUGCAAAUUCCGAUUCACCCAUACAACAUUUGGUCUGAUUAGGACAAAACUGUUGGCCCAUGUACAGAAUGACGUGAAGACAGAAAUAAUGAAUAUCACAUUUAGCAGCAUGGUUUAUUCCAGGCUGGAGGCAUAUUUCAGUCCUUCAGGCAGCCAUAUCUUCGUAUACAGGAUUCAGAAGAUAUCCGUGACAGACCCAAAAUCAGGUUGAGCUUAUUGACAGUUAGAGGCAAAUGCCUAGAGGCAGGCACAGACCACUGAGAUCUGAUAUCUGGCAGAAUAGAAAUCUGGUUACUGUCCAACAAUGUCUAAUCAGUCUCUAGUCUCUACUCACCCUGGCAAGUGGCAACCUGCGCGUGUACAUUGGUUCCUGACGCAGCCGCCAACCAGAAAACACACCCCAGUUGCGUGGAGAAUACACACCCCAGUUAGCUCCCGUUUAUUAUUCUCUAAUUCAUUGAUUGAAUCAUUGUUCUGCAGCUGUGUCUGCUUGUUCAUAACCAUUUUUUAUUCAUGGCUAGUUAUGGUGUACAUAAUUCAACACAGCAGAAUUAGCUAGACUGACUGGCUGACAAGUGACGGUCAAGAUGUGAUUGUUCACCUAAGCUGAAUACUGAAUGGAAGUUGUGACUUAAGUCGGUACCUCACCAGAA